GGCUAGCAACAGCUCGACAAAGUAUAACUUGUUUCAAUCAAGAUGUUUCUACGAUUGAUAUUUUGUGCUGUUAUUGGUAUAUAUGGUGUAAAUGGACAGUUAUCUGAAUGUUUAGAUAAAAUAUUAACUGAAGACUGUGACAACAGCAAUACAUCACCAUCUCUGUCACAAUUUUACAGCAACCCAACUGAGGAACUGUGUAGUAAAAAGGGCGAGGUCGUCUCCUACUUGAAAUGUGUAAAUGACGCCACCAAAAAAUGCUAUGAUGAAAAAUUCAAAGCCCUUUUUGCAACAGAUGAAAUGAACGAGAAAAGUGUGAAUUAUCUAUGUUCCCGAAUCAACUCGUAUAAUGCUACAUGUCUACAGCGUUCAAAUGAAAAAUUAUCUUCCUGUUUUGGGAAAGGAUUAAAAAAAUUAUCUUCAAAUCCUACGUACGAUGAAAUGAAGGCUUUCGGAUGUGCCAAAAAAAAGAAUACUAAGAAAUGCAUUGAAGAGUCAAAAGAUUUCGAUAAAUGUCCAGAAACUAGGAAGUCUUAUCUGGAAGUAAAUAAAAUUACGAAUACAGAAGCCUGUGGAGGAGAGGACGGAUUUGAAAGCGGAGUUUUUGGUGUUGCGAGUACAGUUAUCCCUUUGUACAAAUCAUUUGCUUUAUUGACAACCAUAAUGACUCUGCAGUUUAUAUUUGUUUAAAUGGACUUGAAAUAUUUUCCAAACCAUGCCUUAAACUGCUUUUGUUCCUUAAAAAUGUAAAAAAAAAAUUCAUUUCAGCUUCACUGCUGUAG